GAGAGAGAGGAGAGAAAACCUCCACAGCUAGCAUAGCAAGCGUACACACAGCCCCUCCUUCCUUCAAAAGAUAUUUUUGCGUUUCCGUCUAAAGAAGAUUUCUCCUUUCUCCACCUUCUUCUUCAAUUUUAGGGUUUCUUCGUCCUCUUAGAUCUUCUCCAUUCCUAACACACCAUCUUUCCUUCCUUUCAAAUACCUCUCUCUCGCUCUCCUUUCCGUUUCCUUCUCAGGUUCGCUCUCUCUCUAAAAAACCAGUAGAAUUUUCGUUAGGUUUUUGAAUUAGAGUUGUUGCAUUUCAAUUUUGACUGUUGGUGAACCAGAUCAGGUUUUUCAUUUCAGGGUUUUGUUGAAAUUGUGAUAUCAAGAAAAGAGAAUUGCGUAAAGUUUGAUUUGUGGAAGUUGAAGUUGAUUUUGUUCAGAAAAAGGGAAUUUUGUGUUGGAGAUUUUACGUUUUGGUUAAGAAUUGUGAUGAAUACGAGGAGUUCAUGGGCUGAUUUGGCUGCGAAUUCUGCAGCUGAGAGCACAAUAGCUGGUUCUUCUGCUAACAACGGAAGUGUUGGUACUACUUCAGGAAAUGCCCCUACUCGACCCACAUACGUCCCUCCUCAUCUUCGCAACCGUGUGCCAUCUUCAGAUCCACCAGCUGCUGCCUAUAGUGGGCCCGCAUCGAGUAAUGAUCGUUCUGGGUAUGGUGGUGGAUCUCGCUGGGGUGUUCCAAGAAAUGAUUACCGUGGUGGGUAUGGUGGUGGUGGCGGCGGGAGAGGUGGUUGGGGAAACAGAGGUGGUUGGGAUCGUGGGAGAGAGAGAGAAGUGAAUCCUUUUGGAGAUGAUGACGAAACAGAGCAGCCACUAAGUGAGCAAGAGAAUAGUGGCAUUAAUUUUGAUGCAUAUGAAGAUAUUCCAGUUGAGACAAGUGGGGACAAUGUGCCACCACCUGUAAACACCUUUGCGGAGAUUGAUUUGGGUGAUGCAUUGAAUCAGAAUAUCCGCAGGUGCAAGUAUGUGAAGCCCACACCGGUGCAGCGGCAUGCCAUUCCAAUCUCUCUUGCAGGCAGGGACUUGAUGGCCUGUGCCCAGACUGGUUCUGGGAAAACUGCUGCUUUCUGUUUCCCAAUAAUUAGUGGAAUUAUGAAAAUGCAAGAUCAGAGUGCACAAAGGCCGCCUCGUGGAGCACGAACUGUGUACCCACUAGCUCUUAUUCUCUCUCCAACCAGAGAGCUUUCAAUGCAGAUACAUGAGGAAGCUAGGAAAUUCUCGUAUCAAACUGGUGUUAAAGUGGUUGUUGCUUAUGGAGGAGCACCGAUUCACCAACAGCUGCGAGAACUGGAGAGAGGUGUUGAUAUUCUGGUGGCAACUCCAGGAAGAUUGGUAGAUCUGUUGGAGAGAGCUAGAGUUUCACUGCAGAUGAUCAAGUAUUUGGCCUUAGAUGAGGCAGAUCGGAUGCUGGAUAUGGGUUUUGAGCCUCAAAUAAGAAAAAUUGUGGAACAAAUGGACAUGCCCCGACCUGGUUUAAGGCAGACAAUGCUGUUCAGUGCUACCUUUCCGAAAGAGAUACAGAGACUAGCCUCUGACUUUUUGUCAACUUAUAUCUUUCUGGCUGUUGGACGAGUGGGCUCAAGUACAGAUUUGAUUGUCCAAAGAGUUGAGUUUGUCUAUGAGCCUGACAAAAGAAGUCACCUCAUGGAUCUUCUUCAUGCACAACGGGCGAAUGGUGUUCAGGGCAAGCAAGCUUUGACAUUAGUUUUUGUGGAGACUAAGAAGGGUGCUGAUUCUCUUGAGCAUUGGCUAUGCAUUAAUGGUUUCCCUGCUACUAGCAUACAUGGUGAUAGAUCACAGCAGGAAAGAGAACAGGCAUUGCGCUCAUUUAAAACUGGCAAUACUCCAAUCUUGGUAGCAACCGAUGUUGCAGCACGCGGUCUUGAUAUCCCUCAUGUUGCACAUGUGGUCAACUUUGAUCUCCCAAAUGACAUUGAUGAUUAUGUCCAUCGUAUAGGGCGUACUGGACGAGCUGGAAAUUCUGGUCUGGCGACUGCGUUCUUCAAUGAGGGCAAUGCAUCAAUGGCAAGGCCAUUAUCUGAACUAAUGCAAGAAGCAAAUCAAGAAGUACCUGAUUGGCUCUCUCGAUAUGCAUCUCGUGCUUCUUUUGGUGGAGGGAAGAACCGCCGCUCUGGCGGAGGUCGGUUUGGUGGCCGUGACUUUCGAAGGGAUUCAUCUUUCAGUAGGGGCAAUUCAGAUUAUUAUGGUGGAGGAGGAAGCGGCGGCGGAUAUGGCUCUUCAGCUGGAUACGGCUCUUCAGGUGGCUAUGGUGGAGGCUAUGGCCCUGGGGUGACUAGUGCCUGGGAUUAAACCCUGGGGUGACUAGUGCCUGGGAUUAAACAAACAAUUGAACAUUUUAAGCAUUUACAUGACUUGGUGUCAAGUGGUUGUGGACUUCUCCCUUCUUUCACAGGGGACAUUUCUCAUUUUUGUCGUGUCUUUUAGUUAGGUCUCUAGUCAUCUUCGUACUAUACUCUUAGAAGUAACUAUCAUUGAGAGGGGUAUUUAAGUUUGGGUUGUGCUGCAGGAGUAGAGGUGUAUAAUGUUUGGUAGUUUUUGGUGAAAAAAGUUCUAACAGAGUAGGUAUUACUUGGUGCCGUUCUUUUCUCCUUUUUCUCUCUUUGCUGUAAACUGUGUUGGGGUGUUGAUGGGUUGUAGAAUAUGUGGUGGGAGAGGCAUAGGUUUUCUUUUCAGCCAUUUCCGUGUUAUUCUCUUAGGCAUGUUCUUUUCAACCCAAUUCGAGGGCAUAUUAUUGAGGCAUCUACUCCUGUUUCUCAUGUUUUAUCUUCAUCUUCCCCUUUGAAAGGAGCUUUUAAACAGGCUUUUGUAAUAUUUUGGUGGUCGCUGAAAUGAACACCAAGCUUUCUUGGAACAUUAA